AAAGUCUACGGUCCAAAUCACGCACCCUACCCUGCUCUAUAUAUACACUAAUAAUCGCAAAUUCAAUUUUUUCUUAAUUCGCAGCUGCUUUAUUAUUAAAUAUUUUAAAAGAAUCUGAUUUUGAUUUGCUCAAUUAUAAGAGAUGGGAAGUUCAGGAGAUUCAUGGAAACUGGCGGACCAUCCAAAGCUGCCAAAAGGGAAGACUAUAGCCAUGGUUGUUUUGGAUGGCUGGGGUGAGGCUAAACCCGAUCAGUAUAACUGUAUUCAUGUCGCUGAGACUCCCACCAUGGACUCCUUUAAAAAGACGGCACCGGAGAAAUGGAGAUUGAUUAGGGCUCAUGGAACAGCAGUUGGACUUCCAACUGAAGAUGAUAUGGGUAACAGUGAAGUUGGUCACAACGCCCUUGGCGCUGGUCGUAUUUUCGCUCAAGGUGCAAAGCUUGUUGACGCUGCUCUCGCGACUGGAAAAAUAUAUGAAGGGGAGGGGUUUAAGUACAUUAAGGAAAGUUUUGACAAAGGUACUUUGCACCUCAUUGGAUUGAUGAGUGAUGGUGGAGUUCACUCCAGGUUGGAUCAAUUGCAAUUGUUGCUAAAAGGCGCUGCUGAGCAUGGUGCUAAAAGAAUUCGGGUCCAUGUUCUUACUGAUGGACGUGAUGUUAUAGAUGGCACUAGUGUUGGCUUUGCUGAAACUCUAGAGAAAGAGUUGGAAGAUUUAUGUAAGAAAGGUGUUGAUGCUCAGGUUGCAUCAGGUGGAGGCCGCAUGUAUGUUACAAUGGACCGUUAUGAGAAUGACUGGGAUGUAGUAAAAAGAGGAUGGGAUGCUCAGGUUCUUGGUGAAGCCCCACACAAGUUUAAGAGUGCCGUUGAAGCCAUCAAGAAAUUGAGGGAAGCACCCAAAUCUAAUGAUCAGUACUUACCUCCGUUCGUCAUUGUUGAUGAUAAUGGGAAGCCUGUUGGUCCAAUUGUGGAUGGUGAUGCUGUUGUCACAGUUAACUUCCGUGCAGAUCGCAUGGUUAUGCUUGCUAAGGCGCUCGAGUAUGAGGAUUUUGACAAAUUUGAUAGAGUUCGAUUCCCUAAAAUCCGUUAUGCUGGCAUGCUUCAAUAUGACGGUGAACUGAAGCUUCCAAACUAUUACCUUGUAUCUCCUCCUGAGAUAGAAAGAACAUCUGGUGAAUAUUUAGUGCACAAUGGUGUUGCUACCUUCGCUUGCAGCGAGACUGUCAAAUUUGGUCAUGUCACUUUCUUUUGGAAUGGAAAUCGCUCUGGUUGUUUCAACCCAGAAAUGGAGGAAUAUGUAGAGAUUCCCAGUGAUGUUGGAAUUACAUUCAAUGUCCAACCAAAGAUGAAGGCAAUUGAGAUUGCAGAGAAGGCAAGGGAUGCUAUCCUCAGCGGCAAGUUCCAGCAAGUUCGUGUUAAUAUACCAAAUAGUGACAUGGUUGGACAUACUGGAGAUAUUGAAGCAACAGUUGUGGCAUGCAAGGCUGCCGAUGAAGCCGUCAAGAUGAUCAUUGAUGCUAUAGAGCAAGUUGGUGGAAUAUUUGUUGUUACUGCAGAUCAUGGCAAUGCUGAAGACAUGGUGAAGAGGGACAAAUCUGGGAAACCUGCUGCCGACAAGAGUGGCAACAUUCAGAUUCUCACAUCUCACACUCUUCAGCCAGUGCCUAUUGCAAUUGGAGGUCCCGGAUUAGCCCCAGGUGUCAGGUUCCGCAAUGAUGUCCCUGAUGGCGGACUUGCUAACGUGGCUGCAACUGUGAUGAAUCUCCACGGAUUGGAGGCUCCUAGUGACUAUGAAAAGACUCUCAUUGAAGUUGUCGAUAACUAGUCUCUUCAUGACUGAGCCUGCUCUCAUUGAAGAGUUAAACGGUCCCCUAAUUCAUGGGGAGUAACUUGAAACCUCACUUCUGCAUAAUUUUUUUUUUAUGAACUGUAGAAUGCAGAGGCCUGUCAUAGCGAAGCGAGUUAUAUUUUUAAAUAAGUUAUUUUUUUAGCAAUGUUAUUGGGUGUGCGAGAAAAGGAAUAUAAUUUUCUUCACUUUGUACUGCUAAAGGUCUUGGCAACGUAGUGUAUUUGAACACAGCCUCAUUCUGGGUACCAUAUGUUAGAUUUAUUAAACAUGUUUCUUAGAGUUUA